GUUGGGUUUAUCCCCUUUCUGGUCGGGUCCGUGGUCGGACGAAGCGGUCCCGGCCCCCCCCGGGGGAAGCGCCAUGAAGUUCCAGUACAAGGAAGACCACCCCUUCGAGUACCGCAAGAAGGAAGGCGAGAAGAUCCGAAAGAAGUACCCGGACCGUGUCCCCGUGAUCGUAGAGAAAGCUCCCAAAGCCAGAGUGCCGGACCUGGACAAGAGGAAGUACCUGGUUCCCUCCGACCUCACGGUCGGUCAGUUCUAUUUCUUAAUCCGCAAGCGCAUCCACCUGAGGCCCGAGGACGCCCUGUUCUUCUUCGUCAACAACACCAUCCCGCCCACCAGUGCCACCAUGGGCCAGCUCUAUGAGGACAAUCACGAGGAAGACUACUUUCUCUACGUGGCCUACAGUGACGAGAGCGUCUAUGGGGACCAGGGGAGAAGGCGGGGCGGGACCCGAGCCACCCGAUGGUCCGAGACCAGGUUCUGAGCUGUGUGAUUGGGUGUUGGGGUCGGCAUUCCCCAUCCCUGCCCCGCUCACGGCCUCCCCGCCCCCUCGGCCGAGACGCGUCCCGCUCCCUCCCCCCAGCCCUCGUCGCCUCUGAAACUGAUCUCCCUUCCCACCCCCGCGUGACUCUUUCCGUACCUCACGGAUUGAAGCAUCCAUCUCGAGGGGGUGGGUCUUUUGGAUUGUUCGUGGGAGAAAGUAGCCGGUUAUUGGAAUAAAUCCAGAACUGGACCAACCUAGCUUUAAUCCUGCCCUUUGACCUCCCCACCGGUCCUGUCGUUUCCCGCGUCUCACGUCACCCCAGGACCCAACCCCCCUAAGGAUCCCGGGAACGUAUCCCUCCCUGCCGCCCUUUCCCCGCAGUGGCCAGGGUUCUAAGGGGCCGAGGGUGAAGCAGAAUCAGGCUGGAUGGAGUGGAAUAUAGAAACUCCCAAACCUUUGGGGAAAACGGUCAGCGGAUCCCCCAGAGAUCAGGAGUAUGGAGCCCGGCUUCCCCUCUGCUCCUUUGAACUGGGGAUUGAGAACAGUGGGAACUGAUUAUAGGCUUCUCCACGGCCUUACUUACCAGUGGGAGAAACAUCUCCGGCAGAAUAGGGCAAAGGAGUCCUGAAGGGAGGUACUGCCCCUCGCAACUGGAUUUGACUGUGUUUUGUGUUUCUCUGAGCCCCUCAGUUGGGGCAGGAAGCCCCAGCUGCUCUCGUUGCUUUAAAAAGCUGUAUGCAUCCCCUACUUCCCAUUCCCCGGCAUCCUAGGCUUCGGAGACAGAACUGCUGCACUCUCCCUCAUCCCCCCCACAGUCACAGGGCUAAGAAGGGCGGCUUCCUUUAUGGCAGCAGCUGUUUUGAAGGGUCUGGGGCUGAUCUUCAUUCCGCGGUGAAGGGGGAAUUUUCAUUUUCAGCUUUUGUUAUCUCUGUUGGGGUUAAUUGGAGCUUCGGGUGGGGGUGUGGGGGGGUCCUCUGACAGCAGCUGAGGCGUUUUGCUCUGCCUAUGCCCGUCUCCGGGGAAAUGGGGAAACCUGGGUUCGGUUGUUGUACUGGCUGUGAGUGCCUGUAAAAUGAAGCUCAUGCUAUCGGGGCAAGGAAAUAAAAUCAUUGCACAUUUUAAAAAUC